AUGAGGGCCAGGACCACAAUCCCCAAGUUACCUCAACCACGGUGGUCAAUGGCCAGACCGGUACCGUCAUCUAUGAGCCAAUUACACUCACUCAAUACUCCAAGUUGCGAUAUCAUACUACUGUAA